ACACACACAAAACCACACACAAACACACACACAAAAACAAAAAUGAUUAUCAACAAAAAAACACAAAUUUCCAUCACGAUCACCGUCGCAUUCUUCUUGAUCGACUCAUCUUCUGCAACUCUCAGCUAUAAUGUGAAGAGUUUCGGAGCAAAAUCCAACGGAAAAUCCGACUGCACAAAGGCUUUCCUCAGUGCGUGGGGCGCCGCCUGCGCCGCCGCGCAACCUGCCGAGAUCCACGUGCCGGCGGGGCGGUAUCGGCUGCGGAAUGUAGUGUUUUCCGGCAAGUCGUGCAAGAACACGGCAAUCACUAUUAGCAUCGAUGGCACUCUCGUAGCUCCGAGUAACUACAGCGUGAUCGGGAAUUCCGGCAGCUGGUUGAAGUUUGAGAGGGUCACCGGAGUUUCCAUAUACGGCGGAACCCUAGACGGUCGAGGGGCGGCGCUGUGGGCCUGCAAGAACUCCGGCCACAAUUGUCCCAAGGGAGCCACGACUUUAGCAUUCUACAACUCAAACAACAUAAGUAUCAAUGCACUAUCAUCCUUAAACAGUCAAAUGUUCCACAUUCUCAUUUAUGGAUGUCACAAUGUCAAUCUCAUGAACGUGAAAAUAUCCGCCGACGGAAACAGCCCCAACACCGACGGAAUUCACAUCGAGCAAUCAUCGGCCGUCGCUAUUUUAGGCUCACGCAUCGGCACCGGUGACGAUUGUGUCUCGAUCGGCCCCGGCGCUUCCGACUUGUUGAUCGAAAACCUCUUUUGUGGGCCCGGUCACGGGAUAAGUAUAGGGAGUCUAGGUUGGAAUUUGCAAGAGGCGGGAGUGCAGAAUGUGACAAUCAAAACGGCGACGUUUAGGGGGACUCAAAAUGGUUUGAGAAUAAAGACGUGGGCAAGGCCUAGCAAUGGAUUUGUUAAAGACGUUUAUUUUCAACACAUUGUGAUUGAUAAUGCCAAAUAUCCAAUUAUUAUUGAUCAAAAUUAUUGUCCCGACCACAAUAAUUGUCCUAGCCAGGAUUCAGGCGUGAAAAUUAGCAAUGUGAGAUAUGAAGAUGUACAUGGGACAUCUGCAACACAAAUUGCAGUGAAAUUUGACUGCAGUAAAACCAAUCCAUGCAGUGAAAUAACUCUAGACGGAGUUAAUCUCACCUUCAAAGAUAAUCCGGCAAAUGCAACGGCAUCCUGCGAGAACGCCGGAGGAACGGCAAACGACGUUGUCGAGCCCACGAGUUGCUUAAAUGAAGAAAGAUGACAAGGAAGUUCAAAGAUAGGAUGAUGUUAGAUUAUUGGUUAGAUUAAUUAACAAGUUUUAAGUUUAGAAUAGAAAGAGAC